AAAGGCAAUUUGAACAAAUGGUGCACAACCACACCGUCUGGGAAAAUAUUUACGAUGACCUUGUCGCCCGGUGCCCGUCUGUCCGUCAUUUCGGAGAGUGGACGAAGUGCAAAGAGAGGAUGGACUACCUUCGAAGGAGGUACCGUGAUUGCCUCAAACAGAACCAAAACACAUGUCCUUAUUACGAAGAACUGGACGCUGUCCUCGGUUGCCGACCUAUGAACAAUCCAGGAGAAAUCAAGAUGGACAACGGAGGUUCAGAUGAUGAGGAAUUUGACUGUGGUUCAUCUGAGACCACUCGGAUCCAGAACACCUCGGGGGAAACUGAUGCACCGGACGUUGACCUGUCCAGUUCAAGCUCAUCCUCCACAUCACCACCGCUCCAAACCCCAAAACCCAAACCACAAGAACAUCGAAGGAGGAAGGAGCGGAAAACUCGGGUAAUGAAGGCAAUCAACAAGAGUCUGGACCGUCUCCUUGCGCAUGCGAACAGCCGUGAUUAUGACAGGGAGCGGUUUGAAUGGGAGAAAGAGAAGGAGAGAAAUAGAAUGGAACUGGAAAAAAAAAGGCUGGAUUUUGAGAUGAAGAAGAUGGAAGCUGAUGAGAAGAGAGCAGAGGAGAACAGGGCGUUGAUGCUGCAGCUGGUUCAAUGCAUUAGGCCCCCCCCACAACAUUUACCUUAUGCAGCUCCUUCCAGUUACUACCCUUUUACACCUCCUCACCGCCAACCACCUGAGAGCAUGGAGUUUCCCUCCUCUGCCCCUGGACCCCCUCCACCAGCAGCACAUCAAGUGCACUUUGACCCACCACAAUAAGUUUGUGUGACUAGCUAUUCU